AUGAAGGAUGAAGAAGGCAAUACACCGUUGAAUUACUACCUUCAAUUCAGCGGUAGCGCCAGAACUCCUAGCUUGGCCAUCGUCGAGAUAUUGUUGAAGAAAGGUGCCUCGGUCGAGGCGAAGAACACUCAUGGUGUUGCACCUGUUCACGCAGCUAUGAACUUUCAGAGCAAAGACAUUAUCACGAAGUUACUGGAACGCAUCGACAAUGCGGAUCUUCGCGACAACUACGGCUGUUCACUACUACACGGGCUUGUUGACAAUAAGUGGCUACUGUCCAAUGAAGCAUUAGAGAUUGCCGAGAUGAUCUUGAUAAAGAAUCCGACUAUCGACCUAUACGUUCAAAAUGGAUGGACGCCGCUCCACAGAGCUGUAAUCCGUCGACACAGUGAGUUGGUGCAAUUUUUACUGGAGCAAGGGGCCGACGUGAACGCUCUCACUGAGAGUGGCGAUACGUCUCUGCAUUUGCUGUUUAAUACCAUGGAGAACGAUUCUGAAAACAUAGAUAUAACAAUUACUCAUAUGCUGAUUGCCGAAGGCGCGAAUCUAGAGAUACUGAAUAGUUGCAACAUGUCGGCUCUCCACAUGGCUGCACGCCAUUAUCGGCUGAGGAUGAUGCUUCGAUUGCUCAGCCAUUGCUGUAAGAAGGUGGUUAUUUUGCAAGAUCGGAAAGGCAAUACAGCUUUGCAUAAAAUUCUUGCGGCCUUUUCAAGCAACGCGGUGGUAACGGAACUCUACGUAGAAAUAACGAAUCAGUUUUUGUCAAAAGCUGGCGAUUGCUUAGUCAAUAUUCCAAACAAACAGGGAAAGACUUUGUUGCAUUUGGCAGCGCAACAAAAGCAUGUGAAGAGCUACUGCUGA